AUGGACUUCCUCAACAGCCUCCCAAGGCCCACACUACCCGAAUAUGCAUUCGUCACACGACUCAACAUCGCGCUCUUUUUGCUCGUCGCGUCCGAAUCCAACUCGUUCUACCUCGGUAGCGCCAUCUUCAAAACUCUCGCCUCGUUGUCGUUCUUUUUCGGAGGACUUGGAAAAGCAUUUGCUAUCAAGAGCAAGGAUGUGAACAACAUCUAUCCUCUGCUAUGGGACUUCUUGGAGGGGAAGUUGUUGAAGAAAGGGGACAACUAUGCGUUUUUCAUGGUGUUGGGUCUGGGAUUCAGCGUCCUCGGAGACGUGCUGCUGGUACCUUCGAGGGAGAAGUACUUCGCCGUUUUUCAACCAGCUCAAACUUCACAGAAGGUGGAGGAGAAAGGGCGAGAAUUGAAAGGGGGGAAGAAGAAGAAAGGAGCCAGGAAGUCCGCACCCGCACCAGCACCCUCGACGGCGACGACAAAGCCAACAGUCCAAACUGAAGGCGACACGCUCUCAUUCAAAGCUGGAACAUUCUUCUUCGCCCUCGCACAUAUCGCCUACACCGUCGCCUUCCUUUCCUCCCCGACCACGAGUAAAUUCAACUGGGUCACUUUCGUUGCCUCGGCAAGUAUCGGCCUCUUCAUCAGUCGCUUGCUUGGAAUCUUCAAAUCCGGCAACAUUUCUCAAUCUUCGCAGCUGAAACUCAACAUCCCAGACGACAUGGCGCCCCUCGUCAAGGCCUACGUUUGCAUCAUUACCACCAUGGUCGGGGUAGCGAGUGCAACAGACGCCGGGUACCAGAAGACGGUGGGGGCCUGGAUGUUCAUGAUCAGCGACAUGUUCGUCGCGGUCGAUGUCUUUGGGAAGAAGGUACCUGCUGCCGCGAACGCACGAAGAGAAAAAGGACGUCCGGGGUGGAAGUUCAGAUCGUUUGGGUGGUGGUUUUACUUUUGGGCACAAGUCAUCUUGGCCGGGACUAUCUAG